AUGCUGUGGUCAAAGCAGAAGUCGCCCCGAUUCACGGAAGGGAAAGCUGCCAACCCUAUCGGACCUGGAUCCUAUGAACUUCCCAGCGUCUGGGAUGACCAUGCUACGACCAUGGGUGGACAGGACAGAUUUCAGGAGCAGGCUGUGCCGGAAACACCGGGUCCAGCAACAUACACGCAGGCUGGAAGUUCCUUGAAAGCUCGACGCUGCAAGGAGAACCGACCACCUUCACGUGACCGCUCAAAGGCGCUGCCCAAGGAGGACUUGUCUGAACUUGGAAAGGCGAAAGAACAAACUUCCAAGAAGGAUCAGCAGUUGGUUGCUGCACACGAGCGCUUGCAGGUGCACGAAGAGGAUCUUAAAAAGGUGCGGCAAAUGCUGCAAGACAAGGAUCUCGCCUUGAACGACCUUCGUGGCGAGCACGACGCGCUCAAGACUCUGCUCGAGGAGCGCUCGGCAGAAGCUGAAGUCGCCAAAAGAGAUGCCUGCAAGCAGGAGAACCUGGCUGCUGAUCUUUCUGCCCAGCUGCAGGCAUCCCAGAUCGACCUAGAGAAGACAAGAGCUGAACUGCUCCACAAGGAAGAGCACGUGAAGCUCACUGCAGACGAGAUGCAGCAGAACGGUUUAGACUUGCAGGAAGCACGUGAUUCUUUGGCAGCCCUGCGCCAAGACAUUCAGAACAAGGAUCUCGCCUUGAACGACCUUCGUGGCGAGCACGACGCGCUCAAGACUCUGCUCGAGGAGCGCUCGGCAGAAGCUGAAGUCGCCAAAAGAGAUGCCUGCAAGCAGGAGAGCCUGGCUGCUGAGCUUUCUGCCCAGCUGCAGGCAUCCCAGAUCGACCUGGAGAAGGCAAGAGCUGAACUGCUCCACAAGGAUUUGGAGGUGCAAGAUGUUGACAGCAGGCAAAGAGCAACCACUUCCGAGCUGGAGACUUGUGCCACGGCUCUGGCAUUGGCCGAAGCGGAGAAGCAAGAGGUGCAUGAGAAGUUUGCUGAGCUUCGUGGCCAGUACUUCGCCGCUGAGCAGGCGCAGGAGGCCAGCCGAGAGUUGAUCGAAGCACUGCGUGGGGAGUUGGCAGAUUUGGCAGCUUCGAGGAGUACGCUUCCAGAGGUCGAGAAACUGCAGGACAACCUAACUGCCGUGAAUGCGGAACUUGAGAAUGCACUGGCCGUGAAGGAAAGCCUCCGAGCAGAUCUAGACAGGCUAAAGUUUGCCGAGAUCAAUGCCAACAUGACCAAAAGUGCCAAGGACCGCGCCGAGGCUCAGGUCAAAGAGCUCAAGCUUGACGUCGAGCAUUGGCGACAGAAGGCGCAAAGCUUGCAAAGAGAUGAGGACAGAACAAAGCGCCAAAACCAGGACAUCUCAUGCUUAGAGCUAGAAGUCAAGGACCUGCAUCAGCAGAAUGCACAGCUCUUGCUGACAUUCCAGCAGUUCAAAGCGGAGUUGGACACUGCAUUAGCCGAGAACCACAGUCUGCAGGACACAAUCGACAUGUACGAAACGAACCUCCAGCGUGCCACCGACCAGACAGCUGAGCUGAUGGGCCACAACAAUCCAAAGCAAAAGAUUCGACACAUGGUCAACUUGAAGGAGGAAAACAAAGAGUUGCGGGAUCAGCUCAAGAAGGCCAAGCAGCGCAUAACCCAACUGGGGGUAUCACGUAAAGGAGAAGGCUUGCUUGAAGCGCUGGCCUCGUUCUCGCAUUCGCACGGUGCAGGCGAUCAGCUUUCUGUUCCUGCGAGCCCCUGGGCACCCGAAACACCAGCGAAAGGCGCAGAGACGCGAACUCCCAAACGCCCUGGAACCCCAACGCGGAAGCCAGCUUCCGCUCGCGGGGCUCGGUCGAAUCCUCUUGAGGAGGAGUACCAGGUGCGCAUGGUCGAGGAAGAGCGCAGGCGCCAAAUGCAGGAUCGUGCGGUGGAGCGCGUGCAGACAGACUUCCAGCACUUCAUUGCAUUGAUUGAGAGAGCUGUGCUGUCCGAAGAUCGCGUGGAAGACUCGCCCAAUCCAGCUGCAUUGCUGGAACGGCUUCGGGCCAUGGCUAGCAAGCAAGGACUCGACAUCACCGAUGUGGAGCCAGGAGCGAACGAACACUGUCAAGAUGAAGAUGAGUCACAGUAA